UGUUUGGCUUCCAAUCGGUCGCUUAAAUCACACAACACGCAAGAACAAAUCAUCAUCAUCAUCACCGAUUCCCCUGAAGUGGCAUCGAGAAAUCAAAAUCACCGACGUUAGAAUGGCUCGAGCUGGAGGAAUAACGAAUGCAGUAAACGUAGGGAUAGCAGUACAAGCUGAUUGGGAGAAUCGAGAGUUCAUUUCUCAUAUCUCCCUCAACGUUCGUCAACUCUUUGACUUCCUCGUUCAAUUCGAGGCUACAACAAAGAGCAAAUUGGCAUCUCUGAAUGAGAAACUUGAUACGCUAGAGCGUCGUCUAGAAAUGCUUGAAGUACAAGUGGGUACUGCUACAGCCAAUCCAAAUUUAUUCAAGACCUGAUUUUACUAGACUGGCAUUGUAAGAAAAAGAGUGAAGGCCACCUGUCUUCCAGAUUGUGAGCUGAUUAGCUUCUUCAAAAUCCAGUGUGAUACGUAUGAAGAUCGUUUGCUUACUUUUCGUAUAUUUAUUUAUGUAGCUGAUCUGUGCAUGUUGUAACUGGAAGAGUUCCCUUCUCUUUGUUUUCAUAUCACUAUUUUGGCUUAAUGAAGAUUUGAAUGCAGUUUGUGGUGUCU